AUUGAAUUUUGAUAAAAGAUCGCCGCCCUUCAAACGCCAGAAGCGCCAAAGGCUUUCACCUCCUAUCCUCGCUGUUUUUUCUAGAUUUCCCCGUUUCUCCUCUUCUCCCUCUCUUGAUCGAUUUCUCUUACUGAUCGAUUCGAUUCAUCGGUCGGUAUAGGUUUUUUCCUCUGUCUGAGAUCCAAUCGUGGAAUUGCUGCUAAACGACCCGUCUUCUAAAUUCCGUUUUCUUCUUCUGAGAGCUAGAGAUAGAGAGAGAUUGAAUUAGGGUUUUUGAGAUGGGUUCAAAAGAUCAAAAGCAAGGCGGUGGAUUCUUGUCCUCAAUCGCAUCCAGCAUCUCGAAUUUCGGCACUGCCAUGCACAAAUCCGUCAACGGGUUGAUUGGUUAUGAAGGGCUAGAAGUUAUAAACCCCGAAGGAGGCACAGAAGAUGCAGAGGAAGAAGCUCAAAGAGGAAGAUGGAAGCAGGAGGAUCGAGAUAGUUAUUGGAAGAUGAUGCAGACAUAUAUAGGUUCAGAUGUUACAUCAAUGGUGACGCUUCCAGUUCUUAUAUUUGAGCCCAUGACAAUGAUUCAGAGAGUGGCAGAGAUACUGGAGUACUCCCACUUGUUAGACCUGGCUGAUGAAUGUGAGGAUCCCUACAUGCGGUUGGUCUAUGCUACAUCAUGGGCAAUAUCUGUUUACUAUGCCUAUCAACGAACCUGGAAGCCCUUCAAUCCCAUCCUUGGUGAGACUUAUGAAAUGGUUAAUCAUGGUGGCAUUACAUUCCUUGCGGAGCAGGUGAGUCAUCAUCCUCCAACAAGUGCGGGGCAUGCAGAAAAUGAUCAUUUUACCUAUGACGUGACAUCCAAGUUAAAGACCAAAUUUCUGGGAAACUCUGUUGAUGUUUAUCCGGUUGGAAGAACACGGGUGACCCUUAAAAAGGAUGGUGUAGUUUUAGAUUUGGUGCCCCCUCUUACAAAAGUUAACAACCUUAUAUUUGGAAGAACCUGGGUUGAUUCUACAGGGGAGAUGAUCAUGACAAACUUGACCACUGGGGACAAAGCUGUGCUAUAUUUUCAACCGUGUGGCUGGUUUGGGAAUGGCCGCUAUGAAGUGGAUGGAUAUGUUUAUAAUGGGGCAGAGGAACCUAAGAUAUUGAUGACUGGUAAAUGGAAUGAGGUAAUGAGUUACCAACCAUGUGACAUGGAAGGGGAGCCCCUCGCAGGCACAGAACUUAAAGAGGUAUGGAGAGUUGCCCCUACCCCGCAACAUGACAAAUUUCAGUACACACACUUUGCACACAAAAUAAACAGCUUUGAAACAGCCCCCAAGAAGCUUUUAGCAUCGGAUUCCCGCCUGCGGCCCGAUCGGUAUGCACUUGAGAAGGGUGAUUUAACCAAAGCCGGUGCUGAAAAGAGCAGCCUAGAGGAGAGACAGAGAGCUGAAAGGCGAGACAGAGAGGCACAGGGCCAUCAAUUCACUCCAAGAUGGUUCGACAUAACUGAUGAAGUUACACCCACGCCUUGGGGUGAUUUGGAAGUAUACCAAUACAAUGGUAAAUACAGUCAGCACCGGGCUGCGAUCGACAGCUCAGACACCGUAGAUGAGGUCGAUGUUGAAUCCAUCGAGUUCAACCCAUGGCAGUAUGGUAAUGUGUCUGCGAAAUGAUGUGUCUUGUUUGUAUGCAUGUUUCAGUUGUUUCUUCUUCUUCUUUAUUGUUGUCAUUUCUUUUUCCUUUUUUCCUUUUCUCAAAUUCGUGAUUGGGUUAGUUUGUAUUGGCUUGUUGGAAUCUCAGAGAAGUAACAGCAAACUUCUUAGGUGUGAUUAAUAGGAAUUAUUUAUUUUCA